UGCGGCCCAGAAUGACACAAACAUGACAACAACAGAACUUACCACCACCGUCGUGACGACUGAAUUGCCUGAAGUCACAACCGACCUAAUAACCACACUGACUACAGAGGAGAGUAAAGAUAAUGGUCUCGACAAAUGGAUCUAUGGUGUAAUAGCAGCUGGUAUAGUGCUCCUAAUAGCAAUCAUAAUUAUCAUAAUAUGCAUCAGGAAGAACUGUAGCAGCAGAGAGAAAUGUUGUUGCUGCUGCAGAGCGUCCCAACCAUCGCCAGUCGAUAAGGAUUUCACCCAACCAGAUAAUUCUAGUCACGGUGUGAAUACAAGAUUUAAUGGAGGAAACCCCAAUAAUUUUCAGGGUGACACGCAAAUUGAAAUGGAUCCUCGACAAACUGGCAUAGAUGACCCUAUAUAUGUAAACACCCCAAUCCCAGCAUUCGAGGCCCAAGGGAAUCCUGGUUACUCCCACUCGCCACCGGAGUCACCCCUGGAUGAUGAGAUGCCCAAUCUUCCUCCGCCGUCUCCCCCUCGAGGAGCAGCUAGCUUCCCCAUGGACACCCAUCACCCAACCGGAGGCAUCCCAUCUCCUUUCAUAGCCUUGCCAACCUCCCCUCUAGAUGAAUUCCCUGAUAGAUCUCCUCCAGCAAUACCUCACCAAGGAUCAACGGACAUCAAGGCAGAACUUAAUAAUAAACCGAAAAAGAAGGAUAAGAGGAAGAAGAGCAAGCCCAAAGCACCAGAGCGUGUCAUCGAUCCAAACGAACAGAUAAGGGAGGAUGUUCCUCGAGGACCCACUAGUCCACCUAAAUUUGAUUUCAAUCCACAUCUUCCAGGGCAGAAAAAUGAGGGUGAUUUUGGAGAGAAUUAUGAAGAGAUGUCGCCCAUACCCAGUAGCCCUGUCAGAGGAAUGUCCCCCAGGCAGCCAAGAGAUGUGGAGUUUGGUGAAGACUACGAAGCUGUUGGUGAUGAAGGUGAUGACUUUGAUGGUGAAUAUGAAGUAAUGGAUCCAAAUGCACUCCCUCAAAAGCACAAUAUUCAUACGCCUUCUCAUUUUACGGGAAAACGCAAUCAGCCUCCAAUAAUUUCACCCCCUGUGCCAUCAGAAGAUUAUGGUGGUGAUUAUGAAGAAAUGUCCCCCAGCGAAAGACCAAGGCAUCCAAAACCAGGUGGAGAUAUCGAACAUCGUCCACAGAUACCAAUCCCUUCUCACAAGGGGGAUGAUGAUUUUGGUGGGGAUUAUGAGGAUGUCGACAAGCCCUUCAUCUUGCCGAAGAAGAAACCUCCAAAGGCCAAACCUAAAACUCAAAAGAAACCUAUGAAGGUUCCAGUGGUAGAGGAUUUUGGACAGAACUACAGUAACACAGGCCCCGGUGCCAUCUCUUCUAAUACCGCAAUGGAACGACGCCCACCAUCUCUCCCCUCUUCAAAUUUCCCCAAAAGUCCCAUAGCGUUACCAAAAGAAGAGCUGCCACCUCCCCCUCCUGAACUUGAUCCGCAGCCCUCUUCACCAUCACACCAAUUUGAUUAUGGGGGACAGUAUGACGAUGGUGAAUUGAAACCAACUAAGAAAAAGCCGCCAGUGUUAAAACCCAAAGUAGCCAUCAAACCCAGUAUUGGCAGUGCGACACUUCCGGUUAAUCCCAAGCAGCUGAGAUCACCGAUGGAAGCACGGUCAUCUGCCACUCUUCCUCCUAUAUCUGGGAGCAGUGAACCGGGAGAAGAGGCAGAAGAAGAUGCAGUUUACAUGAAUUACUCACCAGACCAAAAGCAGAGACCCACAAAAGAUUACUACAACCUUCCUGUUCCAGCAAAGAAACCCAAGGAGAUUAUCAGUAGCAGUGGGUAUUCAUACUUCAGUGAACUUCCAAAGUGAUGUAGCAGUUGGUGUGAGCAUUGAUCAGGGAAACCCAAGCAGAUCAUUGGAGUUUGCUGUACCUUGGUAAACUCCCAGAAUGAUUGCUCUGUAAUUACUUGGGUGUUGAUUCCGACUGCAGCUGAUGUUCCCAGAGGACUAGACCCUAUGGUGUUAAAAUUACACACAUUAGAGUUUGAAUAGCAAAGGUGCCGUAUAACACCCAUUCAGUUGUGUUGAACUAACACCAAACUUAAAGAUUGGAGUAAAAUGACUGGUGUGGUCAUCUAUGUGCACUGCUGAACACCACAGUUUUUGUUGCGUUGAAUUGAACUUCAAUCAUGGCUGCUAUUCAUAAAGUCAAGAAUUCCAUCAUGUAAACGUGUUUAAAAGUUAAGUUGUUCUAAUACUUUCCCAGAAGCCACUUGUUUUGAUAACAAUUGUUUUUUUAGCUUACAUGGGUGCUUCUCAAACCUGUUUACAUGAAUUGUUUAUAGGUUUAUGACUAAAAAAGGAUGUCCUGCAUUUUGAACCAAUUGGACUUCACACCACCUGUUAUAUUUUUCACCUAAUAUUUUUCUGGUAGUUAUUUUUCAAGACUUUAAUCUGAGUAAUAUGUCAACACCUAUGACCACACUUGUCUGCAAUCAGACAUCUGCCUGACAUAGCAACGUCAGGUUCUUGCUCUAUGAUUAUACAGAUGAAAGAUGGAGCGAUAAGAACCAAACAUGAUUAAAGAGGUGGGGCGGGAAUAUAUCUGGUGCUGCAGGGGCUUGGGAAAGACUUGAUGAUUUCUUCUUGUAUAUAUUAUUCAGUACUAUUCAUUUUGGUUCCUACAAAUGGAGUAUUAAGUACUGAGAACUCAUUUAUGUAGUUUAUUAUUAAUUGAAAUUGAUGAUGAUGAUGUUGACGAUGUUGAUGGUGAUGAUGAUGCUGCUGCUGAUGAUGAUGAUGGUGGUGAUGGUGAUGAUGAUGAUGGUGGCGGUUGUGGUAGGUAAUGAUGAUAAUACCCAAAAUGUUAUGGUGCCAUAUGUAUCUAUUUAAAACACCUAAAUUCAAAGACUCCUCCAAUGCUGGCCUGUUGGCGCUUAUAUACAACUGUUCCCCAUUUGAUAGGACUUGCUAUGUAGGCAAAUUUCCUCUCCUAAAUGUCAUUGUUAUUACAAGUUAUUAGACGUGAAAGAGUAUCAAAGUCUGGUAGAUAGCACAGUUACCACAAAUAAUAAUGCUUUUGAAUGAGGUUUCUUCAAUUCAUUCAAUCAGCAAGCUCGAGUCAGGCACUUUUACUGUAAUCAGUGUGACCAUGAGCGUGUCUGGGGUCGAUGGAAACCUUAGAGGCAGAUGGACUUCCAAAGGCCAUUAAUACCUUUUGUCAGACAACCUGCUACUGUCGAUCCUCCUUUAAGUAUGUUAUUUAACAUGUUGGUUGUCUUUUACUGAUAGAGUAAUGCAUUUUAAUUGAUCAUGGAAGAUCAAAGGUUAUUUAUACAGAUUGUGGAAUGUUUGAACAAAGGUUUCUUUCUAAACGAUAGCAUGUAAUAUGAGCCUAGGUGAAUAUCGGUAUUAAAGAUAUUUGAAUGACACAGAGACAUUAUGUUUGUAGCCUGAAAUACAAUGAUUUCAUCUCAAUGCACCCAUCAGCAAAACCGAGAGCGCAAUAUCAUUUGGAUUUAUCAAUGUGAUCAAACUAAUAUCAUGAACAUUGAGCAAGUUUGGACCCUUCAUAUUAUGUCAAAAUGGAAUUUGUAUUCCCCUAUUAAAAAAGAUCCACUUCUAUUCUUUCUUUUUAAAUUGGAUUAAGCUAGAAAAGCCCCUGUACUCAGUGGAUGUCACCCGGAGUCAUUGAAAUCAAAAGUAUUGUUUACAUUUGAUAGCUCAACUAUGGCGGGCUAAAUUUGACACAAGUUGUAUGGAAAAAAAAAAAAAAAAUUUAACUGUGAUUAUGAGGCAAGGGGUCCAUUUCACAAAGCUGUUUGUAGGUUUACACAUGACAUUGCAACAGUCUCUCAGUCAUCACAAUAUUCAAAGUAACGUAAGUUCACAGUUAAGUCGCAGGGUUAGUUUUGUGUAUUUUAAAUGACUGAACUGCAAGGAUAUAUAUUUAUUUAUUUUACAGAGAAAUAAUUCAUACCCUCCGUUUCAUCACUACUCAUUUAUUCUCCAAGACGAUGAAAUUGAAAUAUCGUGUUGAGAAGGAAGUUUCGAGAUAGUGUACAGCUUGAACAUAUAAUUUUUUCAUUGACCUGAUCUAUCAUUUAAACUUUUUAAAUGCUGCAAACUCAAGUAGUUGGAUAUCGUAAAAAAGUUUGUAGAUCUUAGGAUUAUUUUAUAUUGAGUUUGCCAUUGAUAUGAUUCCUUGAGUUAGCAUUUAGAAGGAAACAAAAUCUCAACAUUGUGUUGUCCAAGCUUCUUCUUAGAUUUAUGCUCGUAAAUUUAUGAAUGCAUAUUUUAUGAGAAAUCGAAUAUUGGGGAGAAAGUAGUUCAACAAGGAUCUUGGCUCAUGGUGGUUGUACCCAGACCUAUGCAUCAAUUUUUUGCUUUUGAUAUAUAUUUUGUUGUCAUGUGCUUCAUUUAUCAUAGCCAUUUAAAUGGUCCUGUUGGCAGUUAUGCACCCUGCCUACUGGUAAAGCAUGAAUUCUUGUAGGUAAGCAACAGCUUAAUGUCCUAUCCGAGGGACUUGAUAAUGAGGAUUGUCCUUUACCCCUGGGUAUUGUCCUAUAUACCCCUGCACCAACUUAGUCUCGAACCUAGGUCAUCAGAGCCCGAGAGAAAUGCUCUUUCAAUUAGACUCCUUCUCGUACAAUAUAUUCAUAUUAAAGAUUUUUUUUACCUCAAUCUGUAUUUGUAGGCCCACAUGUAUAUUUCUAAUUGUAUUGCAUAUUGCUGAACCUUUUUAUUUCUGAAUACAAGGAAUUUUUUUUUAUUUGAAACCAUUAACACUGAAUGAUUCCUUUGGAUUUUUCUAAAUACCAUAGUUUCCUUAUAUAGCCCUCCAUCUAGAAAAUUCCAUCUUGUAUAUCCAAAACAUAAUCAAAUCUGAUCAGAUAUACAUGUUUUCUUUAAAACAAAUCUUUGGUGCAUGUAUCAUGCUAACAUGCUAUUUUACUAAAGGGACAUGUAAGAAAAAUGACAUUAGAUACUUUAUAAUGUGCCAUAAAUAUAACUUGGCACAGGUAUGAGGAAACAAUGUCUUUAUUAAAAAACAAACUGAAGAGGUCGAGUUCAUUAUGCAUGAUCUAUUCAUACUCUAGUGAUGUGAUAAUUCAUAUUCUGUCACGACAUACAGUUUUAAUGGUCACAAAGUUAUUUUAGGCUGGACUUCCUCAGUACUGAACUGUUCUUUUAUUUUAUGUUCAUGUUGCAGACUAAAUCAUAGUCUGUUGAAUAUAUUCCUAUAUCAACAGACAUAUAUAUACACCAAAGUCUGGAAGUUAAACAGGAAUUUGGUAAUGAAAAGCAGGGUAAUUUAUAAUCAUUUUGUGUGACUAUGUGUACUUCCUGUAAACCAAAAAUAUAUAUUUAUUGUUUUAUGAUACAUAGUGUAGGUAUACAUUGUAACAUAUUAAGCAACAUGUAUUAAUUUCCCACCUCUUAAAACAUUACCUGAUCAAUUUGUAUAUUAAUCUGGUUCUAUAAACGUUUUUACCAUUUAUAGUAGACGUAGUAGCAGGAGCAGCAGCGGUAGUAUUGGAGUAGUAUAAGUAUAGUAAUAUGUCUAGCAGUAUUUGCCUAAGCUACUACUAAGCCUGUUACUA